CACGAGGAACAAUUUUCUUGGAUUACGGAUUGUUAUUCUUUAAUAGGUCCAUGAUUGCUAUUUGCCAACACAAAUGGAUCAAAUGAUUAUUUAAACUAUUACUCGGGUAGUUAGUAACUUAGUUCUUUUUUUCCUUUACACCUGUCCAAUUCAAAAUAAAUAUUGCUCGUGACGGUGUUCCUUUGUGUUUUAUCGUUAGUAACCGUGAUGACGUGAAUCUUAAGCGCCCACUUUCCUCAAUGCGUUGUUUAAACUCGACACAGUCAACACUUAAACCACACUUCAUUUUAGUCACUUUACAAUUAAUAUCAAACUGUUUAUAAGGAUGCUAACACUUCGGAUAGACAGUUGAAGCCUUCUUUAUUCUUGGAAAAAAAAAGUAUAUUCGCAUGAAAUAUACCAGGUUUACAUGAAUGAUGUCUCAACAACCCCAGCCGCCCAGUCAGGUACCGCAGGCUCCCGAUUCACCUGUAGUCGUAGUAUCUGGAAAUGUCCAAAAAUAUGCAAUGAAGAAAAAGAAGAUCCUUAAUGCUGAGGAAAGCGAGCUGUUUGAAUUAACCCAAGCAGCUGGUAUCACGAUGGACCAAGAAGUGUUUAAGAUCAUAGUGGACCUCUUGAAGAUGAAUGUUGCCCCACAAGCGGUGUUUCAGACAUUGAAAGCCAUGUGUGCGGGACAGAGGAUCGUUGACACCUGCGCGGCAGACGCGUCCAAAGCGUCACACCCAGCGGGUACCACCACAGCACAGACCACGGAGCACAGAGAAGAGGACACUACUUUGGUCCCUAGCAAGAGCUCUAAGCCUCCUGCAGCCGCGUCCUCGGCAUCAGGCCCCAGGGCCGCGCGGCUGGGCUCUAAGAUCGUGGUCUACGGCUCCCAAGACAAUAGCUCUUCUCAAGUGCGUAGUAAAGCGGGCCAUAGCGAGAAGACGAGGGAGAGCUCCAGCCAGAGGGUGCAGCGGCCCCCCAGUGCCACCAGGGGGCAGAAGACCAAAAGUUCUGGCAGCAGUAGUUCCUCUUCACAGAUAGCUUCGAAUUAAAGUAUCAUGUCAAAUAACGCUGUAUUAACGCAACGGUCAACGGCAAUUGAUUUUAAAUCUAUUGUAUCUUUAUGGUUUACCCACUUGGCGAUGAUAUACAUUUUUUGCCCUGUUAUCUUGGUCAAGUUGGUUGUUUUAAGGCUACAAUUGUAGGCGAACCCAUAUUAACACUGACAAUUAUUUUAACAUUGUUGUUUUUUUUUUGCCUAUAUACGUAUCUAUACCAAAUGUCAAAUAAAAAAUAGUUGUAAUUUAUAAAUCCAUCAU